AUUUUGGUCUAAAGAACUAUAACUUUUUGGUUUGGGGGUACUUGCUAUAAAAGUUAGUUUUGGGGUAAAGUUUGUUAUAAAAAAAUUGGUUGGGGGAGGUUGUAAAGGAAGUUGAGUCAAUGGGGGUUUUUGUAAUUUUCCCAAAUAAAAACAACAUGGGCCAAAUAAGAGUACUUGUUAUAAAAGAUAGUUUUGGGGUAAAAGUUGCCAUAAAAAAAUUGGUUGGGGGAGGUUGUAAAGGAAGUUGAGUCAAUGCAGGUUUUUGUAAUUUUCCCAAAUAAAAACAACAUGAAAUGUCCAAAUAAGAUGGAAAAAAAUGUAAAACAUGGAUUUAGAAAAAAAUGAUCUAUAGUUGGAGGCAUUUUAGAAAAAUCUAGAAGAAAAGGAAAUAUAAAAACAGGAUGUAUGACAAGAAACACUCCCAAAUCAUCAUCAAAGACAUUAAAAUUUCAUAUAAAAUAUUUGUAUGUUGAUUUUACAAUUUAACAUCAAUUUUAUCAUUGUGCAUUCUUUCUUAUAGGGAAAUUUAUCAAAAUAACCACAAUAAUAUAUUUUACCCAUGUCUUUUGAUUUAAUUUCAAAAUGCCCAUCACAAGACACAUGAUCAUGAUAUGGUACAACUGCCAAAGGGUAAAAUGGUUGAUGGUUUAUCUCUUAUAGUAAUUUUAUAAAUAUCCCUUUUUUAUAUAGCCUAGAGUUUUACCCGAGUACUUGGCUUGGCUUGGUAAGGAGUCGAGUCUGAGAAACUCAAUAGAGUUCGAGUCGACUCGACCAAAAUGUUGAACAAUGGACAUUUGAUUGUUUUGCUCUUACUAGUUUGUUGAUGGAGGAUUUAGUUGAAUAAUGGUUCCACUACUUAUUUCUUGUUAUAUAGGCUAAUAUUUAUUGUUUUGGUGUGCUCUUGUGAAUGAUGAAAGAGUCUCAGAUUUAUGUGAAGAUCUGUCUCUCUUUAUUUGUGUGUGUGCUUCUCUCUAUAUAUGCAAUAUGGGAUGGCAAAUCUGACACGUUCACUGUACUCACAUAAGUACAAGAUACUACAACUAUCCUUCUUGUAUACACUGUCCAUGAUAUACACUUUCCACGACAGCCAUAUUCAUAAUAUAUGCUUUCUAUAACACCCCCCACGAACUCAAGAUGUUUUAAAAGAGUGCAAUUGGAGUUUGGACCAUAACUAGUGAGAAUAAUUAGUUGGAUGAGCCUUUGUGAGAUGACAUGCUACUUGUUCCUUCAAAGAAACAAAGGCUAAAAAAAAAAAAAUCUGUGAACAAAUUGACAAUCAAUUUGAAUAUGUUUUAUCUGCUCAUGGAACACAUUAUUAUCAGCGUUUUGAAUCGCAAUUUUGUUACAACAAAAAAUGGGAAGAGGAUCAGAAUGAAUGCCACCGAUAUCUUGAAGAAGCCACUGUAACCAGACAUUGUCAGUCACAAUAUUUUCAAGAGCCCGGUACUUAUCUUCAACACUUGAGUGAGCAACAACCUUCUAUUUCUUACUUUUCCAGGAGAUAAGUGAAGUACCCAGAAAAUAAAACACCCAGUAGUAGAACGAUGACCAAUAACAUCUCCAGCUCAAUUCACAUCUGAGUAUGCACAAAGUUCAAGAGCAGAGAUAAAAGACAUGAGCAACCCUGAAUUAGAGUACUUUGAAGUUCGAACAUUGCAUAACAACAUAGUGAACAGAGCAGGGUCAGUACAUGAACUGACUCACUAUGUCAGUGGUGUGACUGAUAUCAGCACGAUUAAUGGCUAAAUAAUCAAGGCCUCCAACAAUUUGUCGGUAUCAUGUAGGAUCGAAAAGCAAUGCUCCAUCUAGAGGCAAGCUUGGAUUCCCCUCAUAGGGGUGUCUACUAUGUUGUUGUAUGUUAAAGCAGCCCAAGUCAGGAGACUUGAUACAUACUUCACUUGAGAUACAAUAUCUCCAAGAGCUGGGAUAUCCACUUUCAAACCCUGAUCAAGAAACAUUUAUCUUUGGAGACUACAAUAUAGACAAACGUCAGGUGUUCCUGACUACUAAGUUGUCUUUUGCACUGGUCAAUAUCAGGCCUGUUGUUCCUGGUCAUGUGCUGGUUUGUCCAAAAAGGGUGGUGAAGCGGUUUGUGGAUCUCUCUGUGGAAGAGACAUCUGAUUUGUGGCUUGCAGCGAAGCAAAUUGGUGCAAAACUAGAGAACCAUUUUGGAGCAUCCUCCCUUACUUUUGUAAUCCAGGAUGGCCCUGAAGCAGGUCAAACAGUUCCUCAUGUCCAUGUUCAUAUCCUCCCUAGACAGUCCGGUGAUUUUGAGAAGAAUGAUGAAAUUUAUGAUGCCUUAGAAGGAAAGGAAGUAAAUAGAAAGCUUGAUUUAGACGAGGAUAGGAAGAAUCGUACCAUCACAGAGAUGAGCCAGGAAGCAAGUUUUCUAAGGGCUCUCUUUUGAGCUCCUUCUCUCUCUCUCUCUCUCUCUCUCUUCAUGUUUAUGAAUCACCGCAAUUGUUAUGAUUAACCCCAAAUCAUACAUCUAUGCCUAUUAGUUCAGUAAGGAACCACAAUGGACAUCUCAAGUUGAUUGAUCAGGUGCUUCAAACCUAAUCCAUGAGAAUCACAAUUGAAGCAAAUAGAAGAUGUUUGUAUUGCUUCCCUUUAUUAAUGAACACUUGCCUUCCGAGGUGAAGAGCUACAUUUCUUCUUGUUUUUUUAUGGCACCUAUGAGAAGCCGUUUUGUUUUUUUGUUUUGUUUUGUUUUUUGUUUUUGUUUUUUGCUUUUUUAAUGGGUGAAUUCCAAGGUUUCAGACAUUUGAGUUCUAUUUGAUUCCAGGGCUUGUCCCUGAUGUGACCAGGAGUUGCAUGA